CAAGAUGGCGUCGCCUUGGAAAUAAGUCGGUGUGAACGUGUUAAUUGGUGUCAAAGACUGCCUCUCUCGAGGCUUUAGUGUCGGUUUAUAGUUAUUCUGAUAACGAACCCCUUUCACAAUAAGGCAGGUGCGCUGUAGGCGUUGGUGAACGCCUGAGAGGAGCUGUGGUGUGUGAUCCCUGACCCUCGGGUGACAGCCGGAGAGGGAGCUGCUCGGCCGGGAUGGACACCGGGGAGUUCAUCUCCUCCAUGGACAACAUGGACCCGACUCUCGCAGAGUUAGGGGACGAAUUCACCCUAGGAGACAUUGACGAGAUGCUGCAGUUUGUCAAUAACCAGGUGGGGGAUUUCCCAGACUUGUUUGAGGACCAGAUGGCCCCAGCAGGCUCUCUGCAGAGCAGCAACACCAGCUCCGCCCAACAACUGGCCGUUCAAACUCCUUCAACACCUCAGACACCAGCCACUGCUGCUUACCAGAGUUCCAGCAUGAGCCUGGCCUCCUCCCAGACUCUGUCCCCUCAGUCUGUCCCCCUCACUCCUCCUCUUACUCCUGCACAGACGCCUUCCCCCACCACCACAAUCUCCUCAGUGCAGCAGCAGGUGACACGAAGCCCUCCUCUCCUCCAGCCGAGGCCCCAGAUAGUCCAACCAAUCCAGCCUCAGCCCCAACAGACAGCCCAGCCAACCAUCCAGGUAUUAAAUAUGCACACUCAGGGGGUUCCUAUGCAGACCCAAAGCUUCCCGGUCCACACCCUGGUCCAGACACACAGCCAGACACCGCUGCCCAUCCAGACACAGGCCCAAACUGUGAUGAUUGCCUCCCAUGGCGGGCAAUCACGCUUCAUCCAGAACCCCGUCAUCUGCCACCAGAGCCACGCUUCUGGGUUCCAAGUCCUCCAGCCACAGAUGCAGAGCAUUAUGACGUCACAGCAGAUGCAACCAGUUACUAUCCAGCACCAGCGUGUUCUGACCCCAACAGGUCAAACCAUCCAGACUCUCUCCACAGCACCCACAACAGUCCACACUGUGCAACAGCAGGUGCAACAAGUACCUGUUCUGGUCCAGCAGCCUCAGAUUCUAAAGACAGACUCGCUGGUUCUCACAACACUCAAACCAGAUGGGACACAGGUGUUGUCUACAAUGCAGAGCCCCACAGGCAUCACCACCCUGACCACACCCAUCCAAAACACGGCUUUACAAGUCCCGACGCUGAUGGGCAGCAACAUUCUGACCACUGUCCCUGUUAUGAUGGGUGGAGGAGACAAACUGCCCAUAAAGCAGCUGCAGCCAGGCUCCAACUGCACUAAUGGAGCCAGACAGUGCAUGGAGCAGAAUCAGGGCAUGCCAGGAGGUUUUGGACCAGGGGUAGUGGUGAAGGAGGGGGAGAGGAGGACAACACACAACAUCAUUGAGAAGCGAUACAGGUCUUCCAUUAACGAUAAGAUCGUGGAGCUCAGAGACCUGGUUAUGGGCAAUGAUGCGAAGGUACCGAUGCAUAAAUCUGGAGUUCUGAGGAAGGCCAUUGACUACAUAAAGUACCUCCAACAGGUUAAUCACAAACUACGGCAAGAGAACCUGGCCCUGAAGAUGGGCAAUCAGAAGAACAAGUCAGUGACGCUCUCUGACGAUGCUGAGCUCAAACAAGAAGUGGUGUUGAUGUCGCCUCCAGCCUCAGAUUCUGGUUCUGGUUCCCCUCACCAGUUCUCUCCUUACUGUGUUGACUCUGAGCCAGGCAGUCCCUUACUGGAUCAUGAACAGAUGAAGUGUGAGCCAGAUUCUCCCUCGUCGGUUGGAGUGAUGGAUCGUUCCCGGCUCCUUCUGUGUGCCCUGACGUUUUUCUGCCUCUCCCUUAACCCGCUGCCCUCUCUGCUGGGUUCAGAAGCCUCUGCAAGCUCCGGCCUGUCUUCAAACCACGUCCCCUCUAGAUCACUUUUCUGGUUUCCGACUCACACGCAGGACUUUGCUUCGUGGCUGCGGUGCCUGUUGCCGUGGGUGAUAGUGUGGGUUCUCAGCGGGGUGGGAGCUGUGUGGGGCUGUGUCAGGGUGCUGUACCUGUGGGAGCCUGUGACACCCCUUCACUCGCCAAAGUCUGUGUCCUUCUGGAGGCACCGCAAGCAAGCAGACUUGGAUCUCAACAGGGGAGAUUACACAACAGCAAUGGGCAGUUUAGAGACUUCUCUGUCGGUGCUGGCAAGAGCUCUUCCCUCCUCCAACCUGGACCUGAUCUGCUCGCUUUCCUGGAAUUGUAUCCGCUACUGUUUGCAUCGUCCAACUCCUCUGGGCUGGUUGGUCCACCAAGUUGGAGGAAAACAUGAGGGAGAAGAGGCCAGGACCAGUGCAAAAGAUGCAGCACUGGUUUACCACCAGCUGAGCCAGCUGCAACUCACAGGAAAACUGCCUCAGCGCAGCAGCCUGUGGGCUUUGUCUGUGUCUUUGAGCGCUGUCAACCUAAGUGAGAGUGCCCAAGGCAAGAUGGCCCCUGCUCAGCUCGCUCAGAUUUAUGUCACUGCAGCGAUCGCCUUACGCACGGUCCUGGGCCACCACCUCUCCUGUCUGCCCGGUUACCUUUUAGGUUGUGCAGAGAGUGUGGCCAACCAGUCGGAGACCAAGCCCAUCCCUGACUGCCUGCGCUGGCUCUUCACUCCACUGGGCAGGCAGUUCUUCCUGAGCUGUGAUUGGUCGGUGAAGUCGGAGAGCAGCGACUUGGUGUACACUUCUCCGAGAGACCCAGCCGACCCCAUUGCCCAGUUGCACAGUUGCUUCUGCAGGAAGCUUUUGGAGAGAGCGGUUCACACCCUCAUCCAGCCCCAGAGCGAGGCUGACGCAGGCAGUCGCAAGAAGGACUCUGGGGAGUUUUCAAGCGCCCUGGAGUUCCUCGAGUUGUUGAACAGCUGCACGGAGGAUUCACCGUCUCCUCCUCCUCGUUUUUCAACUCCUCCCAAUCAAACCACCACCCCAGUUGGAGAUCCAGUGAGUCGCUGGUGGGCUCUGGUGCUGAAGGCUGCCGUGCGUUGGCUGCAGGGCGACGAUGUUGCUGUUAGAUCACUUUUGACAGAAGCGGAGCGAAUGCCAAGAGCUCUGCUCAUUCUUGACCACCCUCUGCCCAAGGCUGUGCUGCUUCUUUGUAAGGUGGUUCAGAUGAGCGUGUGCCCUCUGAAGGGGGAAGGGGUGGUUGCCUGCCUCUCUCACUGUGACAGAGCCAGCAGCUAUCUGCGUCCCAGCAUCUCUGUGCCAUUCACUCAGUCUGGCAGCUGGCUUAACAAGGGAGUAGAGCUCAUGGUCUGUGAUCUUCUGCUGACGUUGAGGACCAGUUUAUGGCAGCGAGGAGGCAGCAGCAACGGAGAGCCCGGCCCGGCUCCUGGAUCCCAGCUGGCCGGCUUUCAGAGGGACCUGAGCGCGCUCAGGAAGCUCACGCAGUGCUACAGACAGGCACAGCACAAGGUGUUUCUUCAUGAGACCACUGUGCGGCUGAUGGCGGGAGCCAGUCCCACAAGGACACACCAGCUGCUGGAGCACAACCUGCGACGUAGGACACACGGCCCACACUCAGCAGAGGGUGAGUCGAUUCUAGGUGAGAGGGAGAGAGCUCACGCCAUCUUGCUGGCCUGCCGCCACCUGCCCAUGCCUCUGCUGACUCCCCCGGGACACCGAGCCCGCCUGCUGGCCGAGGCCAAGAGAACCCUGGAGCGGGUGGGAGACCGGCGCUCCCUGCAGGACUGUCAGCAGAUCCUGCUGCGCCUCGGUGGAGGAACCACCAUGGCUGCUUCUUAAACACACAGCGCAGCAAGAAUCUCUGUAACUUUUUCAUAGAUAAAGAAAGAAAUGCUAAUCAGGCGACUCAUCCAACCACAAAAUUGAAUUUUUCAACAGUCAGCCAUUAGCAUUUAUCAACUUCUCAAAGUGGGUGAUUUUCACUGUCACGGUUACAUUUAACGGCCCAGUCCCCACAUCCUGUUAGUAUGUUGAUGCCUGGUUGCAUUGGUGCAGCACCAUCACCACACUGUCUGAUCCUUAUUUCCAUCAGAUGCCACGAAGGCACUAAGAGCUGAUUCUUCCCCCGCAGCCAAGGAUCCAUUUCACACUUUUCAGGAAUGUGAUUCAGAUCCACACCAACGUUUUUAUGGGCUAUUACUUCACCCUUGCUGCACCUCUCCACAAUGGUUCUGAAAAGUUUUGGCUUGGUAGUCUUUCUCAUAAUCCUGUUUACAGGCAAAAAAAAACAUGCAAACACCUUCCGAGGAACAAUGCUAGCAGGCCCAUAAUGGAAAAGGGACCAUUAUCUAAAGCAGUUCAUAGAUGAGCUGCAGGAGACAAAGCCGUACAAUCAUUAGUGCUACACAGUUUAGUGAGUGCUGCAUACUUGUGUAUUGUUUCAUUGAAUUUUCAAGCUUUAAGGGGCUUCACAGUAUUCCAGAGUAGACGGCAGAGGUCUGAGCUAUAGUGUAGGAUGCACACAGACUAGCUUGUUUCUACCGUACAGUGCUGAGUAGUGUAUCUUCCUAUCUACCUCAAACUCUGUACAAAGCCAGCAUUGUACUGUGGAGCAAAAUACAAUACUUAAGCAUCACAUAAUUUACCCAGAAUCUGAUUAAAAUCACCAUUUAAAGAAACGCUUUAGUUUAUUACAUUAUCGUUUUUAUGAGGUUCUGCUGAUCUGUUUUACUUUGUGGGAUUCAGCAGCACACCGCUGCUGCUGGCACACUCCUUAAAGUCAAACAAAGAGCAGGGAAAAUAGUUGGACUUGGGAAACAUCCAGUCAGCAGAACAUUUGCAAAUACCCAUCUACACACAGACUUCUUAAAGUAAUAACAUUCAGACUCGCAGUGACGUUGUGUAUAUAACUUGUAUAUAAGCAGAAAAAUAGAAAUGG